AUGCCUAAAGUAAUCUCCCGCGGGACUGUAGCGUCCGAUGAACAGGCCAGACUCACGGCGUCCGCCAAAGCCAUCCUCCGGUCUUAUUACUGUCUCUGCGGGGACUUUGUGCUGGUCAUGCAGGGCAAGCUGGAUCGUCUGCCACAGCGCAAGUCAGAUAAUGCCUACAUCAUUCGGUCGCAGCCUAGCUCGGAUGGCAAAGUCGCAGCGAGGAAGUUCAAGUUGAACGCCCUGCCUGGACAACGCAUUAUCAUGAAGAGGAAAGGCUCGGGCGAAAUGGAGCUGCGUCAACAGCUCGUCUGUAGUCGGUGCAAGUCGACCGUUGCAUAUCAGACAAGACCGCCUCCAGUUGGAUCAUCACCAUUUGUAUACAUCCUCAAGGGAUCCGUAACAGAGCUACAAGGCAGAAUACCGCCCGAUGCGUUCGAGGAUGAGCCGCCGUCUAUCGAAGAAGAAGGAGUGGAUGUGGCUCCGCCGGUCUCAGGCGCAUCCGAAGUAUAG